UGGUCUUGUCACUGUCACAGAUUUUAUAGCUUGGGAAAUUUCCUUUGCUUAGAGUACACUGAUUUCGUCAUCAAUUAAAUUCUGAUGUUCAGCAAUGCUGGGUGUGACUGAUGAAUAAUGUGUUAGUGAUAGGUUUUAGAGGAUGGAACUUCCUGCCUCUAAGCAAGGCCUACAGAAAGGAGGCCUCAUAGUUGGUAUAAAAAAAAGGAGGCACAGUAGUUGUUGUUUAAACCCACAGAGGAGUCAGCCAUGAGAAGCACUACUGUGAUCCCCUGCUGGAGGAGUCUUUCCUGUGUUUUGCUGGUGGCACUGAUGAGUGCACCAGGUUUGGAGGCCUGGGAUCAGAUCUCCUGGACCGGUGAGGUGACAGCUGGUUUCAGUACCACUUUCACCUGUUCCUCUUCUUGCCACCCAAACUGCAUCUACACCUGGUACUUUAAGGGCCGCACGGUCAACGGGAGCGCAAUAACCUGGACGCCAGAUGGACUGGACAAUACAGUGGAAUUAAAUUGCAAUGUGCACAAUCCAGAAACAGGAGCCUCCAGCAGUUUGACCUCCAUUGUAGAAAUUAAGAAUCGAGUGUCUGUGAAAAUCAGCCCACCAAACACUGUCCCAUCUCUCAACCGGUCGCUGGAUCUGGUCUGCCAUGGUGCUCCAUCAGGUGACCUCUCACAGCUGGUGAACCAGGUGGUCUGGUACAAAGACGGACAGAAAGUGACCCUGCGUGAAAAUAUGCAGCUGAUGCAAAACAACCUCACGCUUCACUUUGACUCACCGCUUCCUUCUGAUGCUGGAUUCUACAUGUGUGAGAUUCAUGUGCCUGCGAUUCAACAGACAAGAGUUUUCAGCCUGGGCUACUUACUCAGCUUUGAUCCCUGGAACGUCAGCAUCAGCGGACCUGACAUCGUGUUUCCUGGCAGAUUGAGUAAAUUCACCUGCUUGACGAGCUGUACCUUAAAUGUGGACUGUACAGUCAGAUGGCCGUUCAGGCAGGGUUUCCCCAUUGGAAGCUUCUUUUCAGUCAAUGGAAAUGAGCUCAGGUGGACCCCUUCCAUACCUGGUACUUUCCAAAUAUUUACCUGUGUUGCAGAAAAUAUAGCUGCUGGACGCUCUGCUGAGGCCACCAAGAUGGUAGAAGUUAAAGGUAUUCUUGUGUCUGGAUCAGAGGCGGUGCAGCUCAGUGGACUUUUUGCAAUGAUCGUCAGCCUUGCACUGCUGGUCCUUUUUGAUUCUUAGAGCUGUUUACAUUUUUAAGCUUUAAUGUGAAUUUGCCCUUUUUGAAAUGUAUUUGUUUGCCUUUUAUCUUGCUCAUAGAAACCUUUUCAUGUUUAAAUUAGGGCUGUCAAAGUUAACGCGAUAACACAUUUACACAAUUUUGUUUUAACGCCACUAAUUUCUUUAACGCAUUAACGCAAUCGAUCUUUCGGAGGUUGUAGCGGGCUCAGGUAUGGCUAGAGAUGGUAUCAUAUUAACCUAGAAAACCUAAGGAAUUCAUUGGUAUCAACCAUGCCAUACUAGCUGGCGAGAAAGAACUGGCAUGGUCAUUUUCAAAGGGGUCCCUUGACCUCUGACCUCAAGAUAUGUGAAUGAAAAUGGG